AUUGAAUUGGAUUGCUUCUAUUAGUGUGUGUGGUUAACCAGAAGCCCCCUUGUAUGCAUUUCAUUACACUUACUCUCUGUUUUAUCUGCACUGUAUUAUUAACUGCUUUGCAGUCAUGCAACAUUUUGCAGGAUGCAAGCCAAAGCACGAGCCAGCAUGUGAAAUGAAGUGCCUCAGCAAGAACAAAGACAAUGCAACUCUCCAAUGGGCUUUAACAAAAAGUAGAGCCUGUGUGUUGUUCACCAGCUCAGCUCCUGCAACAACCAAUGCAAUCCAAUGCAACUCAUCCAUCCAUCUGGACGUGCACACGCUCGUCACUUUUUGAGAUUCCCCUCACAGCUGCUUUAUAUACUCACUUCCAUUCGUCCAUCAUUGACAGAUCAAUUUAUUGUAUGCAAACAGGCGUUGGAUGUUCUAAAGCAUCGAUGCAUUGGGGAAACUGAGACCCAUGGCAAAGUGGUUUAGAGAUCACCUAAGUUUUGGCAGCAGGAAAGGACCGCCGCAGCCCCCGAAACCGGACUACACCGAAAGCGAGAUCCUACGGGCCUACAGGGCUCAGAAAGAGCUGGACUUCGAGGAUCCCUACGAACCCUCAGAGAACCGGGUGGUGAACGGCUCUGGGUCGGUGGAAACAUUCCCCGCAUUUGGCACGGUGCUUUCCAACGGCGUGGAGGUGAAGAUCGUGUCUCCCAAACACAGACUGAUAAAAGUGGAAUCUCAGGAAUUCGGGCGCAGCAAAGUACCGCUAAACAUCGUGACCUUUGAGGAACCGCAGGCCCCUGUGGUUCCCUCGGCUCCUGCAGUCGGGGAGACGGAUUACUCGGACCCGUUUGACGCCAGACCGGACCCGCGUCCCAGACCCGGCUGGGAGCAGAACGCCGUAGAGGCCAGCAGCAGUUACAUGGAGCCGUUUGAGGCCCAGCGGUUCAUAAGCGAGCUCCAGCACAGCACAGAUCGGGGCAGAAACAGCCCGCAGCUCUACGACAGCCCGUACGAGGAGAGAUUUCGGCCCCGGGCGGCCCCUGCGGAGGACGAGAGAGAAAGCCGUCUGCCCCAGGAUGAUGAGAGGCCCCCAGAUGAGUACGACCAGCCCUGGGAGUGGAAGAAAGAGAACAUCUCCAAAGCCUUCGCUGUAACUUUUGAAGCCAGAGACUGGGAUCAAUGCACGCUGCCCCGCGACGAGGUGCCGAGGAAGGUAGGAGCAUCCAGAAUCAGCCCUUCGUCCAGCAGAGCCACCAGCCUGCACAAACCCAGCAACACACACGGCAUCCUGGGAGAGAGAGUGGAUCCCACACUGCCCCUGGAGAAACAGGUAUGGUACCAUGGUGCACUGACUCGCUCAGAAGCUGAAUCUCUGCUCACGCUCUGUAAGGAGUGCAGUUACCUGGUGAGAAAAAGCCAGACCAGUCGAAACGACUACUCGCUAUCUCUCAGGAGCUGUCACGGGUUCAUGCACAUGAAGUUCUCGCAGUCUCGUGAUGGGAAGUUCAUCCUGGGAGAGAACAGUCCUCCGUUUGACUCCAUCCCUGAAGUCAUUCAUUUCUACACCACGAACAAACUGCCCAUCCGCGGAGCCGAACACCUGUCUCUGCUGUUUCCGGUGCUGGUGCAGACACUCUGAGACCCCACACACACACACACACAAACACACACUUAUCGCGCUCGCACGCUCAGGGCUUCACUCAGACGGCUACUAUACUGCUUCAUUUUCAAUCACAUAUUGCAGGCUCUUUGACAGUUUGAUUAGUGUUUGCAGUGGGAAUUUGAUUUUUCAACCCUGGUGUGAUUGAAAAAACAGUCAGCCUGUACUGACACUGUAUCGAUGUGCUGCACGUGUGUUAAGAGUAUUUUCCGCACCACUGGACUGUAAAGUGUCUUCGCGUCACACUGGGAACUGCAAUAUUAUUCCUUUCUCUACUCCAAACUCUUCAAAUGAUAGAUUUAGUAUUUGAGGAUGAAAUGUAGCCCAACCAAAGUAUUUAUAAAGAUUUUGCUAAAUACUAAAAAGCAAUGUUGUACAGUACGAAUCCCAUCCUUUGUAGGAUUUCUUGAUUUAAAAAGUAUAAUAAUUUACCUGAAAUUCCAUUUUACUCAUUCUCGUGUCAUUCCGAACCUGUAUGACCGGGUUUCUUCUGUGGAACACAAAAUAAGACAUUUUAAACAUUGUUAAAGCUGCUUCUUUCCAAGCAGUGAAAAUGGAUGGUGACCAAAAUCAGCAUAAGACUUCUAGAGUAACACAAUAGUUUUGUGUGAAGAAAACACAGCAAGUUUAGUCAUACGUAAAUGUUUCAGUAUUCUGCAGCUGUCAGUUCUCAUAUGCGACCUUGGACCACAAAACCAGUCAUAAGUAGCACGGGUAUAUUUGUAGCAAAAGCCAACAAUAUGGGUCAAAAUGAUCAAUUUUUCAUUAGGAUAUUAAAUAAAGGUCAUGUUCCAUGAAGAUAUUUUGUACAUUUCCUAACGUAAAUGUGUCAAAACUUAAUAUAAUAAUAUGCAUUGCUAAGAACUUCAUUUGGACAACUUUAAAGGCGAUUUUCUGAAUAUUUCGAUAUUUUUUUUUUUACACCCUUAGAUUCCAGAUUUUUUAAAGUAGUUGUAUCUCGACCAAAUUUUGUCCUGUCCUAACAAACCAAAAUUUCACAAAAUCCAUUUGUGGUCCAGGGUCACAUAUGUUUGUGCAUAUUCAAAUAAAUAUUUAUUGGCAAAAGUUGAAGCUGGGAAAGUCAUAAUUAUGAGAUUUAAAAAAAAUCUGAAGUACAGCAAGAUAAAAAGUCAUAAUUAUCCAAAUUUUGAGUUAUAAUUAUGACAAAAGCUAGUCAAAAUUAUGACUAAUAAAGUUGAAAUGACACUAGAAAUAUGAGAAACUUUUUACCUCAUAAUUGACUUUUCAAUUUUAACUGUUUAUGUCAUAGUUACAUUAAUACCACAAUUUUUUCAUUUGUGUUAGGGCAGAGGGAAAGAUACAAAUAACUUGGGUCUGUUGGGAAAAAGUCGAAAGUGACAUACAGUGUCAUAAUUAUGACAAAUUUAAACCUGACAGUCAAAUUAUAACGUGUAAAUAAAAGGUUCAAAUAACAGAAAAGAUUAAAGUCAUAAUUAUGACAAGUACAUAAUGUCAAUUACAUAAAUUACACUUUUUACCUCAUAAUUAGCACUUUCUGUAAAUUUUAACAUACCUAAGUGUUUCACUAUGUUGCAGCUCUCAAUUCUCAUGUGUGACCCUGUACCACAAAACCAGUCAUAAAUGUUUCUAAAUUGAGAUUUUUACAUCAUCUGAAAGCUGAAUAAAUAAGAUUUCCAUUGAUUUCCAUUGAUGUAUGGUUUGUUAGGAUAGGACAAUAUUUGGUCGAGAUACAACUAUUUGAAAAUCUGGCAUCUGAGGGUGCAAAAAAAACAAAAUCAAAAUAUUGAGAAAAUCGCCUGUAAAGUUGUCCAAAUUAAGUUCUUAGCAAUGCAUAAUACUAUCAAAAAUGUACAAAAAAUGUACACAAUAUCUUCAUGUAACAUGAUCUUUACUUAAUAUCCUAAUAAAAAAAAUAGAUAGUUUUGACCCAUAUUGUUGGCUAUUGCUACAACUAUACCCAUGCUACCUAAGACUGGUUUUGUGGUCCAAAGUCACAUUUGUGUUUCUGCAUAUUCAAGAGAAAUAUUCAAAUAAUAACUUUUGGUCUGUCUGUCAUACAAAGCCAUCAAAUGUUUGCCAUCAAAAAUUACAUAGACAAUAUUUAUGGUGUUUUCAUUCUUUUUUAUAGCUUAAUGGCGAUGGUACCCAUCCAUUUCCAUAGUGUUGCAAACUCGGUACUAAAUUUCUCUUUGCGUUCCACUAUCUAAAGUCAUACUAGCUUGAAAUGACAUGUGCGUAAGUGAAUAAUAAUUGAAUUUUAAUUUUGAGUGACUUUAAGCAAAAACAAGGGUUUCUCUUUAGGAACAUGAACAGGACGACGCCCCUUAACUUCCUUUUGUUACUAACUAGAAGCGAUGAAUCAUGGUAUAGCCGUAAGGAAGUGAAGAUAUGACACUGGAAUGUUCUGAAUGCGACUUUCGCUUGUCCGGAUGGCCAUCUGCUAACACAGACUUCUGAAUUCUGCUGCUGAAGAUGAUGAAAACAGGAAAUGAUGUCCUCCGACCAUCUAAAGCUGUACUUUCAUUCGCUUCAGUGCUUUGGUCUCAUAGCAUGACAGGAAGCGGUCAUUACUGUGGCAUUCGGCUUUACUUAAGGCAGCUGUCACAAUGCUACCCAUCAUUUCUCUCGACUAUAUAUCGUUUAAUGCCGUCGGCUCGUUUCUGGGGACUUCUUAGCAAUACUUAAGGCUUGAUGAGAAACCUUACAUGACCGUUUCGUUUCUUCUGAGUUAAUCUGGGGUUGUGAUAUUUGAAAUAAGGUCACCUUAUAAUCAUAAGCCGUUUACGUAUGCGUAUGAAACUUGAGCAUUUUCCUCAGAAGAAACGCUUCUCCCGCUGUUUAGUUAAUGUUAUAGUAAACAGCUUUCAAAUGAGCGUGGUUUUGGGAUCGGUUUACUUGCACGUCCUUCGAACAUACACACACACACACACACAUACACUACUGCGUUUAGACUUCUACACAGGGUUUCUAAAUUGCUAUAGAGAUCCACACGGUAGCUAUUAUUUGUUAUGAUGACUGUAAUUUUAGUGCAUUUUUGUUUGUUUGUUUUUUUCUAUAUGCUGUUUUCCAGCUUUUCAUCUCUUUGGAAUAAAUUAGGAGUUGUUUUCUAAAA